GUGCUGGGAAAACAACAUUAUUGAACACCUUAGCUGGAAGAACACCUCUUACUUCAGGGACCAUAACUUUUGAUCAAGAGCAUAUUGGAAAACAACACAAGAGAAGAAUUUGCUAUGUUCUUCAACAAGAUAUUUUCUUCCCAAACCUGACCUUAAGAGAGACAUUAAAAUUUGCAGCCAUGAUAAGAAUCUCGGAUAAAGUCAGCUAUGAAGAUAAAAUGAACCAGAUGGAAGAUGUUGUAGAAGCCCUUAGUCUGAAGAAUUGUCUUGACACAAUGGUUGGAGGAGACAUGAUGCCAGGACUCUCAGGAGGGGAGAGGAAGAGGGCCAACAUUGCUUGUGAAAUCCUGACUGAUCCCUCCAUCAUACUGUUAGAUGAACCUCUUACUGGACUUGAUGCAAGCACAGCAUAUAAUCUGGUGAAAAUGCUACAGACUUAUGCCUCUUCACAUAAUAAAGUCAUCAUAGCCACAGUUCAUCAACCCUCGUCCAAGCUCUUCUUCUCCUUUGAUAGCCUCCUUCUAAUGUGUGAGGGUCAGAAUGCAUACUAUGGUAGCACAGAUAAAAUGGUUGAAUACUUUGAUAACAUUGGUGUUGAGAUUGCAGAAGGAUUUAACCCAGCAGAUAUAAUUUUGGAAAAGAUGAAGGACUGUUCAGAUACAAAGACAAAGAUAUUAGCAGCUGCUAAAAAAGUCAGAAUACAAGAGGACUGGCCUCUUCAUAACAAGUCUGAUUCCUUAACAUAUAAUGAUCCUGGGUCUCCCACAAUGCUGAAACCUCCACAAAAUAAAACUAAGAAACCAUCUUUCUUGGUUAAGUUUUCCAGAGAGAAAAAAGCCAAGUCUGAUGAAGAUGAACCAGGAAGUGUACAUGCUAGUUUAAUGGAUCUGGAUGAGAUCUCUGCAUCAUCAACAGACAAUGAUAGAAAGUGGCCCACAGGAUUCAUAACUCAGUACACCUACCUCACCAUACGGUCAUUCCAGCUGGCCAAAUCUCGACUCCUUGACCCGUCCAAAAUCGUGGAACAUGUGGUUAUCUGUUUGAUUUAUACCCUGAUCUGGUUCCAGCUAUCAAGGACAGAAGAAACUGUGCAGGAUAGAAUGGGUGCUAUAUUUUUUAUUGCCAUUCAUUGGGGAUUUUUGCCAUUAUUUGAAGCUGUGUCAACAUUUCCCAUGGAGAGAGUGGUCAUCAACAAAGAACGGGCAUCAGGCUGGUAUAGGCUGUCUGCUUACUACUGUGCUAAGAUGACCAGUGAGCUUCCAUUGACCCUGUUACAGCCUCUGACCUUUAUAGGAGUCAGUUAUUGGGCCAUUGGUUUGAAUGGAAUUGAAGCAUUUUUUGCCACCAUUGGGACAGUUUUCAUAGAUAGUAUUGUAGGACAGAGUAUUGGACUUUUUCUGGGAAUUAUUAACACUGAAAUGAGACAGGCUAUCACAGUCACCAUACUUAUAGAAAUGAUCAUCAUGUUACUGGCUGGACUGUUUACAAGAAACUUGCCCUUCUGGUUAGAUUGGAUGAAGUACCUGUCUUUUAUAUUCUAUUCCUACAACUGUUUGAUGUAUCUAGAGUUCAACAAUGGCCCUCCCUUGGACUGUUACCGGGGAGGAAAUGGAUCAGCAUACCCAGUCUGCCAUGUUGCUAACACUACAAAGAUUCCCUCCCACCAGGUGCUGGAGCACUAUGACAUUACAUGGGAAUUCUGGCAAUACUUGCUGCCUUUGUUUGGUUUCGCCAUUGUCUUUCGCAGUUUGGGGUAUAUAUGGCUGCGGUUCGUGCAGAAACCUCACUGACAUGAAGUUCAUUGGAAGAGAAUCACAUAUCUGAGGUGCUAUAUAAUCAAAUGUUAUAUUUUUUUUAUAAAUCUGGCAAAGAAGAAAUGCUAGAAAAAAUGUUCAGAUGCUCU